GGGGAGUACUGAGAAUAAAGAACCUACAAAAGUUUCGCAAGGAAUCUUAAUCCACACAUGAUUUGCAAAAAAAUAGAGACAAGGAGAAAAGUUAAUUAGCAAUAAUAAAAAAGAAGCAGCUAAUUUUGAUGAAGAAGAAAGAAAUAAAGAAGAGUUGGCUUCACUUGAGCAAUUUGGAUAAGUGUCUAUAAAUGUUUUUCCUUCUCAGCAGAUUUCCUCUUAGAUUUGAUUUGAUGAGAGAUUAUAUGUAAUAGCCGCAAUGUGGCAGGAAAUACUAGCAAGCAAGCAAGGCAAGGAAUGUAAGUAGCUGAGAGACUCUGCAAGGGAGAAAGAAUUAGCAAAACCCAAAGGAAACAAGAAGCUCUACCACUCCAUUAUUUUUUCUUCCAUUCAAAUAAACACACAAAAAAUAAAAAACAAAACCCCUGUCCCCUGUUACUAAAGUAACUUAAUUUUUUCAGUUUAGAAUUAGAAUAAUUACUAUUACUGUGUUUGUGUUUGAGAUAGAGAGAGAGAAAGAAACCAUUAUUAUAAUAAUAAUUAUUAGAAUGUUGUGGUUUAGUAUUAGAAUUAGUAAUAUAAAAAGGCAUUCACAAAAUCCUAAGCAGUAGUUGGUAGUGCAUUGAAGGGGAAGAUAUCUGAAGAAAGGGAAGCACUUUACAGAAGGAACAAAAAAGACAGAGAGAGAGAGAGAGAGAGAGAGAGAGAGAGAGAUAAACCCCAAAACCCCAUUGCCUUCUCCUCUCUGCUGUGAUUUCAAAGGAUGAUUCUUCAUAUCAGCUCCAUUCUGUUAAUGUGGCUUCUGCUAAGUUCAUUCUCUCCUCCAAUCAAAGCUACCUUCAACCUCACCUUGCCCCACCAACACCCUUACCCUGAAGCUGUGGUUCAUCAAGUUCAAAGGAAAAUCAAUGCUUCACUUUCAAGAAGGGAGGUUCUCUCGAAAGACCAAUCCUCCGCCUGUCUCACCGGAAACCCCGUCGACGACUGUUGGCGGUGCGACCCAAACUGGUCAGCAAACCGGCAGAAGCUCGCCGACUGUGGCAUCGGCUUUGGACGCGACGCAAUGGGCGGAAAAGGCGGCCAGAUCUACGUAGUAACCGACUCCUCCGACAGAGACCCGGCGAACCCCGUUCCCGGAACCCUCCGUCACGCGGUGAUCCAAGACGUGCCACUCUGGAUCGUUUUCUCCGGCGACAUGACCAUAGUCCUAAAACACGAACUAAUCUUCAACAGCUACAAGACGGUGGACGGUCGCGGCGCCAACGUGCACGUCACCGGCCACGGCUGCAUCACGCUCCAAUACAUCUCGAACGUGAUCAUCCACAACAUCCACGUCCACCAUUGCAAGCCCUCCGGCAACACCAACAUAAGAGCCUCUCCGACGCACGUGGGGUGGAGGGGAGUCUCCGAUGGCGACGGAAUCUCCAUCUUCGGGUCACGCAAGAUCUGGAUCGACCAUUGCUCUCUCUCGUACUGUACGGACGGAUUAAUCGAUGCCAUAAUGGGGUCGACGGGGAUCACAAUUUCAAACAACCAUUUCGCGCACCACGACGAGGUGAUGCUGUUGGGGCAUAACGACAAGUACUUGCCGGAUAAAGGAAUGCAGGUCACCAUCGCUUUCAACCACUUCGGUGAAGGUUUGGUUCAGAGAAUGCCACGGUGCAGAUUGGGAUAUAUUCAUGUUGUUAACAAUGAUUUCACUCAGUGGGAGAUGUAUGCAAUCGGAGGCAGCGCUAACCCCACCAUUAACAGCCAGGGUAACCGUUACACUGCUCCCGCCGAUCCUAACGCCAAGGAGGUGACGAAGCGCGUGGACACGAAUGAGGGGGAAUGGAGCGAUUGGAAUUGGAGGACGGACGGGGACAUAAUGGUAAAUGGAGCAUUCUUUGUGCCAUCUGGUGGUGGCAUGAGUGCUCAGUAUGCAGAGGCAUCAAGCGUGCAACCCAAAUCCGCCGUGCAAAUCGACCAUCUUACCAUGUAUUCCGGCGUGUUCGGUGAUCCAAGGGACAAUGGGGACUUAUUUCCCGGUUACACCGGAGGUGGGACCGUGACGAGCGCCACCAACAAGGGUGGAAGCAGUGGUGGGUCCAGCGGUGGCGAUGGUGGGGACUUCUUCGGGAUGAUAUUCGGCGGUGGUAGCAGCCAAGCAGCACCACCACCCUCAUCAAUUCUUGUAUUUGUUUCAACAUUUUUGUCCCUUUUAAUUAUUUUCAUUUUGGACACUACCACCAACCAUGCUAUUUUAUUAUCAUUAUUAUGAUCAUUAUCAAAAUACAAUCAAUUGGAGGUGGGAAAGGGAUUCCUUUUAUACAAUCAAAAAGGAUAGAAGGAAAAAAAAAAUAUAUAUAGAUUAUUGUUGCUACAAAUUUCUCUUUAUUUUUAAAAUCAAGAAUGUCAUUUAGUUUGUGUUCACACAGCUCUUAGAAACACGAUUAAAGUUGUAUGUAUAAUUCCAUUCCCAAUUGUAUAAAUCCAAAUCCUUCUAAUU